GCUGUGGAGUCCCGGCGGGGCUGCCCUGGAGAAGACCAGACUGCGGCAAAGUGGGGUCCUGUGGGGCCGGUCCUCCGUUCGAUACCGGGGUCUCGGGGAGGAAGGCGAGCCUGGGGCGAGGUCCUCCCGCGGGGAGCGUGCGGUGCUCGGACCUGAGGAUUCGUGCGUCUGGAACAGCUUGUGAGCCAUGUUUGCGCGUUCCCGGGAGGCAGGACUUCAGUGAAGUCGCUGCUGGUGUCACCUCGGGUGCCAGAGAUUUCGUCCCGAGCCCAUGUGCCAUAUGGCGCGCAGUCACUCCGCUUAUGAUAAAGAGGAAUAUACUUGCUCGAGAUUUCCUUGGUUUAGAAGAGACUUAGCUAAGUGUCACGAAAUGUGUAUUACGUCCGUUUUCCUCAACACGAACGAAAACAUUUUUUAGAGACGCUGUCUGAAAACUGUUUUAUUCAGCUUGAGGACCACCUGCGGACAGAUUACCUGAGUGUUUAAACUUCAAAGGUCAUGGCUCACCCCAGAACUAUCGCCUAGUAGUUGCUGGGAGUGGAGUUAAGGCCUGUGAACCUCUGAAAUUUGCAACGGCUGGCCCAGAGCUUUGGAGCUGUCCUAUGGUGUCAGUAGGUUAAUUUGGCAGCAUGGGGAUCCAAGGAUUACUACAGUUCAUCAAGGAUGCUUCUGAACCCAUCAAUGUGAGGAAGUACAAAGGACAGGUAGUAGCUGUGGACACCUACUGUUGGCUCCACAAAGGGGCUAUUGCUUGUGCUGACAAACUCGCCAAAGGCGAACCUACGGAUAGGUAUGUAGGAUUUUGUAUGAAAUUUGUAAAUAUGCUGCUAUCUCAUGGGGUCAAGCCUAUUCUUGUAUUUGAUGGAUGUACUUUACCUUCUAAAAAGGAAGUGGAGAGCUCAAGAAGAGAAAGGCGACAAAGCAGUCUUCUUAAAGGGAAACAGCUGCUUCGAGAGGGGAAGGUCUCAGAAGCUCGAGAGUGCUUUACUCGCUCCAUCAACAUCACACAUGCCAUGGCCCAUAAAGUAAUAAAGGCUGCUCGGACCCAGGGAGUGGACUGCCUUGUGGCUCCGUAUGAAGCUGAUGCUCAGUUGGCCUAUCUUAACAAAGCUGACAUUGUACAAGCUGUGAUUACGGAAGAUUCUGAUCUCCUUGCAUUUGGCUGUAAGAAGGUGAUUUUAAAAAUGGAUCAGUUUGGAAAUGGACUAGAGAUUGACCAGGCACGGCUAGGCAUGUGUAGACAGCUUGGGGAUGUGUUCACAGAAGAGAAGUUCCGCUACAUGUGUAUUCUCUCAGGCUGUGACUACCUCUCCUCCCUGCGUGGGAUUGGCUUGGCCAAGGCUUGCAAAGUGCUGAGACUGGCCAAUAACCCGGAUAUCGUAAAGGUCAUCAAGAAAAUUGGACAUUAUCUCAAGAUGAAUAUAACAGUACCGGAGGAUUACAUCAAAGGAUUUAUUCGAGCCAACAAUACUUUCCUUUACCAACUAGUUUUUGAUCCCAUCAAAAGGAAGCUUGUCCCUCUGAAUGCCUAUGAAGAUGAUAUCGACCCGCAGACACUGAGUUAUGCCGGGCAGUAUGUUGAUGAUUCUGUAGCUCUUCAAAUAGCACUUGGAAAUAGAGAUAUAAAUACUUUUGAACAGAUCGAUGACUACAAUCCAGACACUGCUAUGCCUGCCCUGUCAAGAAGUCAUAGCUGGAAUGACAAAGCAGGUCAGAAGUUGUCUACUGCUGAUAGCAUUUGGCACAGGAAUUACUGCCCUAGACUUGAGAUGGAUGUCAUUUCACAGGCUACACGGUUGAAGGAAAAUCGAAGUACUGUGGACGUUAGACAAGUGAUUAGUGCUAAAGGGUUAAAUCUUCCCAGGAAGUCAGCUGUGGUGAAAAGACCAAGAAAUGAAGAGCUGUCAGAAGAUGAUCUGUUGAGUCAGUAUUCUCUCUCAUCGACAAAGAAGAUCAAGAAAACUAGCUGUAGUGAUAACAAAUCUCUGAGCUCUUCUGAAAGGUCUGCAUCCAUCCGGGAUGAAGGAACUGCUCAAACAACAGACUCACACAUACCGCCUAGGACAAGAAAUAAAUUUGCAACGAUUUUACAGCGGAAGAAUGAACAGAGUGGUGCAGUGGUGGUUCCAGGGACCAGAAGCAGGUUCUUUUGCAGUUCUCCAGGUUUUGAUGACUGUGUAUCAGAGCGAGCAAGCAGCCAGACUCUGGGAGAAACUGCUCUUCCAGACAGAGCCAGCAGCCUUGACUGGUCACCUUGUCCAGACACAGAAAACCAGAAGCAAGCAAGCAGCCAGCCUCUGGAAGAAACUGCUGUUCCAGACACAGCCAGCAGCCUUGACCAGUCACCUUGUCCAGACACAGAAAACCAGAAGCUGACCAACAACACAAGUGUGAUGCAUAGUCCAAGUGAGCAGAUUCCAGACAGUGGGACUCUGUCUACUGAUGAUGAGGUUCAGUCUUAUAAGAUUAGCAAAUUCACGAGAACCAUCUCCCCACCCACUCUGGGAACACUGAGAAGUUGUUUUAGUUGGUCUGGAAAUCUUGGUUCUUUUUCAAGAACUCUGAGCCCCUCUCCUAGCACAGCAUUGCAGCAGAUCCGAAGAAAAAGUGAUUCUCCCACCAGCCUGCCAGAGAGCUGUGCUGUGACUGACACAUGUCAGUCAAAGAGUGACGCAUCGGGCAAUGAGUCGCAGCCCUUGCAUGAAGUGGGCUGGCCCUUGUCUCUGGGAAGCAUGGAAUCACCUCACAGUUUAAGUGCAUCAAAACUUUCUCAGCCUUCUAGUAAGGAUUCAGAUUCAGAGGAAUCUGAUUGUAAUAAUAAGUCACUUGAUAAUCAGUGUAAUCAGAACUCCAAGCAACAGUUACCUCAUUUUUCAAAGAAAAACACAUUUGUAAAGAACAAGGUUCCUGGGCUGUAUAAGUAUAGUUCUGUGGACUCUCUUUCUACAAUCAAGAUUAAGCCCCUGGUGCCUGCCAGAGCCAGUGGCCUAAGCAGGAAGCCAGCAGGCCUCCAGAAGAGGAAGCAUCAUGAUGCUGAGAACAAGCCCGGGCUUCAGAUAAAAAUCAGCGAGCUCUGGAGAAACUUUGGGUUUAAAAAAGAUUCUGAAAAGCUUGCUUCCUGUAAAAAGCCCCUGUCUCCAGUCAAGGACAACAUCCAACUCACUCCAGAAGCAGAAGAGGAGAUAUUUAACAAGCCUGAGGGCGUGCGUGCUCAGAGAGCAAUAUUCCACUAAGCACAGGCUGUCGGGAGGCUGCUGCCUAAAAACAAUCUUAUCAUCUUGAAAGAUUUAUUGAUUGAUGCUAUUUUUUAAAUGGAAUACAUUUUGUAUAUUAUUUAUAUGACUUCCUUUUGCUCAGCUUUUUAUAUUUUCAUAAAAAGCUACAUAGAAGAAUAAAUCUCUUUGACAUUUCUGCAAAGUAUUAAUGUUAAUUGGACAAAUCCCCUGAAAUUGAUAAUACUUAAAUGUUUCUGUAAUGUCCAGUGAAGCUGUAAUGGAAAACCACAAAUCUCUUAUCUUUUUAUACCCUGGAAAAGGUAACUGUUUUCACUAAGUUUUAAGUUUUUCCAGCUGCUGUUUUGUGUCCUUUAAGGUUAAAGUUGUGGGGAUGAAAGAGGCAGUUGGAAAGGUUACAAAGAUCAUGCUAUCCUGGAAGGGUUCUGUUGGAUUAUAGGGUGACAUCUGUCAGGUGAAGGCGGCCAUUUUUUGUAUCAUUAUGUGCUUUGAUUUCAAAAUGGCCUGAUUUUCUUAAUAUAUCUCCUUCAAGUAUGGCCCCCAGACUCCUUGGCAUUUAUUUAAAGUUAGUGGCCUAAAUGCUGUGCAGGAUGCAGAAGCUGCAGACUCUGUGAUCAGUAGUUCUGCAAAGAAAUAGACAGAGGCUUAGAGAACUAGCCAUACAAAGGGCAGAUGGGAAAUGGCAGGAAGAGAGGGUUGUGGAAGCCCUUGCUGUAGAGAGGAUAGGUGAAGAUCAGAGACUGCAUGUUUGUAAGUGGGAAAAAAAAAAAAGGCCAAAUUGA